UCGGCUCGGUUCCUCGCCACUUCCAUAGUUCCAGCCAUAAACCGUAAACCGCCGCGCGCCUAGGUUUCGCGUUCGCUCGCUGCCGCCACCGCCGGAGGAUCGGAGCGUGCAGUCCGUCGUCCGAAGAUGUCGCUGCGGCCGAGCGAGCAGGCGGCGCACCGCCGGAGCAGCUUCAAGGCGUCGGUGAGCGCGGCCGACUGGUGGCGGCGGCGCGUCAGCUGCAUGGACGGCAUCCGCAAGGAGGUCCGCAGCAGCGCCCUCCGGAGGAAGCGCUGCGGGGGCUCCGAGGCGGCGCCGCUCGCGCACCCGGCGGCGCUCGGGAAGACGCUGGCGAACCUGCCGCAGUUGGUGGCGGGGUUGUACUCGGAUGACAGCAGAGCGCAGUUUGAGGCGGACAGGGAGUUCAGGAAAAUGCUCUCGAUCGAUCGGGACCCCCCAAUUCAGGAGGUGGUUAACUGUGGAGUUUUGCCUUGCUUGGUACGGUUGCUUUCCAGGGAGGACUACCCUGAGCUCCAGUUUGAGGCCACAUGGGCUCUCACUAACAUUGCCUCUGGAACUUCCGAGCACACCAUGCUGGUUGUUAAUACUGGUGCCAUACCCAGCUUUGUGAAGCUCUUCAGCUCACCAAAUGAAGAUGUCUGUGAACAGGCUGUGUGGGCCCUGGGAAACGUGGCUGGUGACUCUGCAGAAUGCCGUGACGUUGUGCUUGCACAUGGCGCUCUCUUUCCACUACUUCAGCUGUUUAAUGAGAACCCCAGAGCCUCAUUGCUGAGGAAUGGUACCUGGUGCCUCAGUAACCUUUGCCGUGGAAAACCCAACUUUCAACAUGUGAAGCCAGCACUCCUAGUUUUGCGACAGCUCAUUCACUCUGAAGACGAGGAUGUCCUUAGUGAUGCCUGCUGGGCACUCUCUUACUUGUCUCUUGGGGGUGACAAUACCAAUGUCCAAGCUGUGAUUGAAACUGGAGCAUGCCCUAGACUUGUUGAGCUCCUUAGCCAUCCUUCACCUUCGGUGCUCUUUCCUUCUCUGCGUGUGGUUGGUAGCAUUGCCUCAGGGGAUCAAGCUCAUACUCAGUGCAUUGUUGAUCAUCAAGCACUUCCCUACCUUUUAAAUCUUCUGGUAACAAAUCAAAAGAAAAGCGUCAAAAAAGAAGCUUGCUGGACAAUCUCCAACAUCACAGCUGGAAACCGGGAGCAGAUUCAGGCUGUGAUCAACGGGAACCUAAUUGGUCCUUUGGUGCAUCUGAUGCGUACUGCUGAGUGUGCUGUCAGAGAUGAGGCUGCUUCUUGGGCAAUUAGUAAUGCCACAUCUGGUGGGACACAUGAUCAGAUAAAGUAUCUUGUAGACCAGGGUUGCAUCAAAACCUUUUGUGAUUUCCUUGGUUAUUCUGACCCUAGUAUAUUGAAGGUUUGUUUGGAGGGCCUUGUGAAUGUCUUGAAGGUUGGGGAGGCAGAAAAGUCCUUGGGGGCUUGCGAUGUCAACAUGUAUGCACAGAUGAUUGAAGAUGCUUAUGCUUUGGACAAGAUUGAGGACCUCCAGAACCAUGACGAUGAUAUGAUAUAUCAGAUGGCGACUUUCUUGCUUGAGACGUUCUGGGUAGAGGAAGAUGAUGUCAUGCCCUCAGAGGGUAAUGCCCCACCGGGCGGUUUCAACUUUGGAUGAAGAUUGUCGGGUGUUCAUUUAGAAGGUGAAUGUGGGCACUAGCUAUUUUGCAUUGCGGCGUUUUGAUCACAACAUCGGGAGAGUCAUGUUACUCUGUCAUGGUCGGGUCGGAUCCUAUCAGCCUGGUCUCAGGCGCAGUCAUCAUGGUCAGGUCCUGUCAGCCUGAUAAGCACAGUCAUCAUGGUCGGUCCUGAUAAAAGCAGGGUCGCUGGAGUUUCAGUCGAUUGGCUGCACUGCCAUUGUGCGCCUUGGUGCAUCUGUCCUGCUGAUGAUUCAUGUGGUUUGUAGCUCUCCAUAUGGCGAAGUGGAGACUGCAAUGGGGCCAGGCGUCAAGAGGCAAGGCAUGAUCUUGUCGCUUGCGUUGUCGGAGUGAACUCUUGUUUUCACCUCUGGCCUGUGACAUGCGGCUUCGGUACAUCUGUUGAGGUGAAAGAGUAGGAUAGUUUUCGUUAUGGCAUCUGGUGAUGUAAAACGUUGUCUUCAUCAGCUGAAGUCAUAUAGACAUCAUGAGCAUGUCUGAGAGUUUUGGGAGGCCUACUCGAAUCUGUUCUAUUUUUUUUUUGGAAGCAUUACUCUUUGG